AUGGAGGGACGGGAGGAGAGGAGCCCGAGGCAGAUAGAGAUGGAAUCACUGCCCCUCACAGCUGAAGCGAUUGCUUUUACUGAGAAAAAGAUGGACAUGACUUUGGAGGAUAUAAUCAAGAUGUCAAAGAAAAAGAAUCCUGGAGGUAAGAAACCUCCCAGGCAGCCGAUCAAAAAGCGCCCAUUCCAGAAUGGCAACUCUAAUAAAGGGAAUGGCAAGGUUCAACGGUUUUUGGAAUCUAGAUCAACCAUUAGACAAGGUGUUCUUGCACAGAGAAGGUCAAAUCUUGGUGGAAGUCAGUUCCCUGCUACAAAGCAGGCUGCGAAGAAGGCUGCUGCUAUGCCAAUGCACAACGGGGCUGUCCGUUGGAACAAGCCAAGUGCAAGUACCUUAGUGCAGAGGAGGCCUGUAGGUGAUGCUUUUCAGAAUGCCAAGGAGUCGCAGAACCAGGCAGCACCAAGGACGAUGGAUGCACUCUUUGCACAGAUGAAGGCGCAACGCAUGAGGACUGUACCACAGCAGCAGGCAAAUCCUGCCCCUGGGCGUCAUUUCAACCAGCAGCGACUUCAGCAGCAGCAGAGGCGAGGUAGAGGAUAUGGUGGCCGUAAUGUUGGCAACCAAUGA